AUGGUGCAAAAUGCUGGAACGACCAUAGCCAGCGCCCUAGGCCUAUCGGCGUACCUGAACGCCAAGUACCAUAUAGGCAAGGACCUCUCACACCUUUACUACGCCCGCCGCGGCACCAAAUAUCAGGACCGCCUUCGACGUCAAGGGAAGAUCAACAUCUGGCAGACGUUCACCGAGAACGCCAUCAAGUUUGCUGAGCACGACUGCAUCUGGUACUCGGAUCCAAGUACCAGUCCGCCGACGGUCCGUACCUACACAUGGAAGCAAGCCCACGAAUAUGCUUGUCGGCUGGCGCAAUGGUUCCUCAAGGCCGGCGUCAGACCAGGCGAGUGUGUUGGCUUCUACCUGCAGAACUCGCCUGAGCUUGUGCUCGCCUGGAUGGGUCUGCUUGCCAUUGGAUGCUGGCCGGCGAUGAUCAACUACGGCCUUGUUGGAGAUGCUUUGGUACACUGUGCCAAGAUUGCUGAAUGCCGUCUCCUGCUAGUUGACGAAGAUCUUCAAGACCGUGUGGUAUCCAACGAUGACCUGCUGGUUAUGGGAAUCACGACUCGAGUCAUCGAUGGGCCUUGGAGGGAUGAAGUCGCCCAGCUGUCAGCCGCUAUGCCAAGUAAAGAGUACACCAAGGAUGCCAACGAGCAGACGAAGCUGGCGUUGAGGUAUACGAGCGGCACGACUGGCUUUCCCAAGGGCGUGAUGGCCACCACUGGCAAGUACUACUCUCGCCUAGCAUCACAGUUCACCCAAAUGGGUAUUCGACCUCUCAAGGAGCGAGGCAAUGCCGGAGACAGGUGGUAUAUCUGCAUGCCCAUGGUCCACUCAACCGCCGGCUCGGCCUCUCUGAUCUGUAUGAUCAUGCCGACCACCUUGUGUAUUGGAAAGAAGUUUUCCGCAUCUCGCUUCUGGGAUGAGGUUCGUGAGUCUCGCUCAACGAUGGGCACUUACGUCGGCGAGAUUGCGCGCUACCUGCUCGCUCUCCCUCCUUCACCCUUGGACCGGCAGCAUCACCUCCGAAUGAUGUACGGUAACGGUAUGCGCCCUGACGUCUGGGGACGUUUUCAAGAUCGCUUCGGAAUCAAACGCAUCGUUGAGUUCUACGGCAGUACCGAAGGCGGCCUGUCACAUCUCACCAUCCAGGAGGGAGAGUACCUUCGCAACGCUGUCGGGCAUGAUGGCUUGAUCAGGCGAUGGCAGCUGCACGAUCAAGUGGUUCCCGUGCUGGUAGAUGCUGAAAGCAACGACAUCGUACGAGAUCCAGCAACGGGAUUUGCCGUCAAGAUGCCAUAUGAGGUCGGAGGCGAGCUGCUCUUCCGGUUGGAGAGCGAGGCCAGCUUCGUGGGUUAUUGGAAGAAUCCAGAAGCCACAGAGAAGAAGUUCGCUCGAGAUGUGUUCAAGAGAGGCGACCUGUUCUAUCGCACCGGCGAUUCCCUGAAGAGGACUCCAGAUGGCAGAUGGUCUUUUCUGGACAGGCUCGGGGAUACGUUUCGAUGGAAAGGAGAAAAUGUUUCCACGGCGGAGGUCUCUGAAUGCCUUGGACGGUUCGCUGGUGUGGUAGAUGCCAACGUAUACGGAGUCCAGGUUCCUAAUCAUGACGGGAGAGCCGGAUGUGCUGCCCUCUUGCUUGCGUCAGAUGCCGCCGAGCAGUUUGACUUCGAUGGACUCUUAAGGCAUGCGCGCAAGAACCUGCCAGCGUAUGCGGUGCCUUUGUUUCUGAGGAUUGUAUCGCAAGCGGCAUUGAACUCGAGCGGGCUGAAGCAGGACAAGGUACGGCCUCGUCUGGAUGGAGUCGACCCCUCGAAUGUUGGUGGUGACAGACUGUACGUUCUUCGGGGCGAUCGAUACGCUCCGUUCAAUCUCACGGACUGGGAGGAUCUGGCGCAGGCAAGAGCAAGGUUGUUUGAUCAAAAGCGAGGAAGAGGUGAUGGUGAAGAAGACCGCAGGGGCGGCGGUGACAAGAGGAGGUUUGGGCAGGGCCCAGAAGGCCACAGGAAGGCUCUGGCGCGGAUAGACGCCGAGAUCGAAGCUGAUCGGGUGGGGGCGGAGCGGCUCAAGCGCGCAUGCCACGACAAGGUGCUAGAGCUGCUGCGGAGAGGUUGGAGGGCUGACCAGCUCCCUACACCUCCGCAGAGCUGGACGCCACCUACUUUGCCUCAGGGUAUUCAUCCGCCGCAAAGCUCGGCUCCAGGGCCACCACAGCAGCCUACACAGCGGCAGGUGAACGCACCGUCGCAGCAUAUGGCUAACAGGUCGCAGCAGCAGCAGCAUCAGCAGCAGGUUUCUUUACCGCUACAACAUGACAUCAAGCCUGUGCUGAACCGCAGGCUCAGCAUGACAGAGUCGCAGAACCCGCGCUCUUUGCCUGGGAGCUACCAGCAGCAAGUGAGGGGCCAGGUUCCCUCACCGACUCCGAGGAUCAAGCAGGAGCCCCAGAGCCCGGUGUCGAGUCCGCGUUCUCCGAGCAAGAGGGAGCCCGAGCGAGAGUAA